AUGCCCGCCCCUACCGCCCUCCAGCGCAGGCCCGACGAGUUCGCCGACGAUGUCACCAUGGAGGCGUCGUCGGUCCCGCUCCCGACCGAGAGCGACGGCGACCUCAUCUCCAUGAGCCUCGACCCCGUCGCCGCCGCGCACGAUGCCCCAGCGCCCACCGACGACGACAUGCCCAUGACGGACGAGAGCGGGAAGCCAAAGUUCCCCGCCGCCAAGUCGAUACCCCUCGCCUUCCGCCGCGAACAGCGCAAGGUCCCCAUCCCACCCCACAGGAUGACGCCCCUCAAGAACUCGUGGCCCAAGAUCUACCCCCCGCUUGUCGAGCACCUCAAGCUGCAGGUCCGCAUGAACACAAAGGCAAAGGCCGUCGAACUGCGCACCUCCAACGCCACAACCGACACAGGCGCGCUGCAGAAGGGAGAGGACUUUGUAAAGGCCUUCACGCUGGGCUUUGACACGGAUGACGCCAUUGCGCUGCUUCGACUCGACGAUCUCUACAUUGAGACCUUUGAGAUCAAGGACGUCAAGACCCUACAGGGCGAGCAUCUCGGCCGCGCGAUUGGCCGCAUUGCAGGCAAGGACGGCAAGACCAAGUUCGCCAUCGAGAACGCCAGCAGAACACGAGUCGUCCUAGCAGACCAGAAGAUCCACAUCCUCGGCGGUUUCAAGAACAUCCACAUCGCGCGCGAAGCCAUUGUCAGCCUGAUCCUGGGUCAACAACCAAGCAAGGUGUACGGCAACCUACGGACAGUCGCCGGACGUAUGAAGGAGAGGUUCUAG